GCAGCGGUCAUAGAUGGCUACGUGAGAGUCAACAACCGGUUCCGGCGGAAUAGCACACAAUCGCGCUGUCGCGUUGCAUCGUCGCCGAUUUUCACGCUCAUUCGCGGUGAUUCGCGGUCCCUCGCGUCCCGACGUAGGUGUGUCGUGCGUCUCGACGUCCUUGCCGCUCUUCCCUCUUCUCCCCGUCGUCGUUUUCGAUAUCGCGUCGUUUCGGUUGCCCGCGGACCACCUCUCCCCGUUGUCCCGUCGUCCGGCGGAGAAGUCGCCGAGGAUGAGCGCGAACAACGUACAGGCGCUCUUCGCGUGCUCCCGGUGCUUCUCUAGACAUCCCUUCGAGGAUCUCUCGCCCGGACAACAGUUGUGCAAGGAAUGCAGAGGAGCCUUUCCCGUAGUAAAAUGUACAUAUUGCAGAUCGGAAUUCCAGCAAACCAUAAAGGGUAACACGAGCACUAUAUGUAAAAAGUGCGAGCAAAAUGUUAAGUCUUAUGGGAAGCCGUCGGCUUGCGAGUACUGCAAUACCAUUGCUGCGUUUAUCGGCAGCAAAUGCCAGCGUUGUACAAAUUCGGAGAAACGCUACGGUCCGCCGGUUACGUGCGAACAGUGCAAACAGAAGUGUGCCUUUGAUAGACAGGAUGAGGAUAAGAAGGUAGACGGCAAGUUAUUAUGUUGGCUGUGUACUCUGUCGUAUAAGCGAGCGUUGGCAAAGACAAAGCAAUCAGACGCGGAGAGAAGAGCGCAUAUGAAAUUGGCGCAACAGCGGGCCGCAAAGCACAAAGAACAAAAACUGAAGGGCCACAAUAAAAGACCGCACAGAGUCGAUGUGACAAAGCUGCCGCCGCAAUUCGAAGGCGGUGACACAAACGGUCCCACCCCCGUGAAAGCGGCACGAAUGGUCGGCGUGCACGAUCACGAUCCGAACAGCUCGGAUCACGUGGUAGCGGUCACACAGCUGAAAGAAAAGAUAGCGCAUCUUCAGAAGCAAAUCAGCAUAAAAGAGAACCAAUUAUUAGCAAAGGAUAGACAAAUUACUGAAUUGAAGGCGAAGAACUUCACAUCCGAGACGGAAUUGCGUAAUAAGAUGAAAGCCUCAGAGAAAGAGUACGAGACAAAAAUCUCGAACAUGCAGCACAAGAUAUCUAGUUUGUUGAAGGAGGUAGCGUCAUUAUCGAAAACGUCCAAGCGAGGUGAUAGGGUGGCCGCAACCAAGACGGAGGCUGGGACCAACAGUGGGAGCGGAACGGACAGUCCCGUACCUUGAUAAGAGAAUUGGCUAGCUGUGACAACAUACUCAAAUGAUUGUACCCGUAUAAAUCAUGUGAUUAUACAUUACGCAUAUAGUUAAUUGUUUCCAUUAACAAGACGAAAUCGUAUUAUUUUUCUAAUUACUAUAGGACUGUAUAUUAUUCACACUCAAUAUGCACCAGAGAAAGGUAUUCGUAUCUCCGUUUAGGGGGGAUCGAUGAUAUAAGUGCAAAAUUUAUACUGAUAAUUUGAAAGUAGCUUUCUCCCCUUUUAUUUUUCGGCGACUGCCCGUUUUGUGCGACUCGUUCGCCGGGAGUACCGACGUUUAUUACGAGAGACUAGCAAAAUUCUAAUGAGAGACAUUCCGUUUGAUGCCACGAAGUCAUGCGAAACCCCGUUGUGCAGACUUCAAGGCAUACUCGGAUUGAUUGUAUGUGGAAACAAUAAGUGGCAGUGUAGCUGUGGCAUUUUAUUAUUUAUGAGAAUGAUGUAAACGACGCUAAAUCAGGAUAUUAUGACUUGUAGAUCAAUUUACAAUAAAAGUUGAAAAACUUA